CUUGACGUCACUGCAUCCCGGAGCCAGACGAGGCGCAGCCAUUUUACUCCGCGAAAUAAACUUCAGCCCCUUAUUGAGACGGCAGGAAAAGAAAAAUCUGCUCCAGCCCGGUGGACAUGUCCUGAUCCACGGCUCGGAUGGGUUCUGCUUUCGAGUCGACAGAGUUCGGCUGCCUUUCUUAAAGGGCCAGUGACCCAGACCGCUCUCUCUCGCUCUCCCCGGCCGCCCCCCUCCUGAGGCAGGAUGGAGCCCUGGGCGUCCCGGCGGCAGCUCGCAGCAGAGGGGGAUUGUGGGAUAUCCAGCCUGCUGGUGCCGAGCCCACAGAGCGAGGCGGUGACCCACGAGAUGGAGGAGCUGUCGCUGCAGCCCACGCAGAGCCUGCCGCCGCUCAACGAGCGCAAGAACGUCCUGCAGCUGCGGCUGCAGCAGCGGCGGACCCGGGAGCAGCUGGUGGACCAGGGCAUCAUGCCGCCCCUGAAGAGCCCAGCAGCGUUCCACGGCCAGAUCCGCAGCCUGGAGCGAGCCAGGACGGAGAACUUCCUGAAGCAUAAGAUCCGCAGCCGGCCGGAGCGCGCCGAGUUGGUCCGGAUGCACAUCCUGCAAGAGACGGGGGCGGAGCCGUCGCUGCAGGCGACCCAGAUGAAGCUGAAGCGGGCGCGGCUGGCCGACAACCUGAACGAGAAGAUCGCCCAGCGGCCCGGCCCCAUGGAGCUGGUGGAGAAGAACAUCCUGCCGGUGGCGUCCAGCCUCAAGGAGGCCAUCAUAGUGGGCCAGGUCAACUACCCCAAGGUUCUGGAGGAGGACGGUUGCUACGACGCCGUGUCUCCAGAGCAACCGGCCAGCCAGGAGUCUCAGGGCUCCGCCCCCUCACCUGGAGAGAGCAGAGUCCCGGAAACCCCGCCCCCAGGCCCGGCGCCCGCAGUACUGCCUGCCAUCGCCAUGCUGCAGCCUCUUCCAGGCGCAGACUUCCCAAAGCCGGCCUCAGCCAAUGAGCAGCCUCUCACCUGUCCACCUGUCCAGCAUGCCCCGCCCACCACCACGCCUCCCAAACCGGGGCCGACUCUGGUCAAGCAAAGCCAACAGAAAAGUCUGUCUGAGAAGAGCCGCAGCAAGAAGGGCAAAGAGGCCAAGUCGCGUGUGAAGAAGCUGAAGUACCACCAGUACGUCCCUCCGGACCAGAAGCAGGACGCCGGCGAGCCGCCCAUGGACUCGUCCUACGCCCGCCUGCUGCAGCAGCAGCAGCUCUUCCUGCAGCUGCAGAUCCUCAGUCAGCAGCAGCAGCAGCAGCAGCACUACAACUACCAGACCAUCCUGCCGGCGUCGCUCAAGCCGGUGGCAGAGAGUCAGAGCAGCGGCGGCGUCGGCGCCCUCCCCACCUCCAUCGUAGUGUCUCUGCCCCCCGCCGCCCCGCAGCCCAACAACCUGCUGGCCAAUCGCAAGCCAGGAGUCCUGCCAGCCAACCUGGACGAGAUGAAGGUGGCCGAGCUGAAGCUGGAGCUGAAGCUGCGCGGUCUGCCGGUUUCUGGAACCAAAACGGACCUGAUAGAGAGGCUGAAGCCGUUCCAGGAAAACUCCUCCCUGCCGACUCCACCUGGCGUUCCCACAUCCACCGCCGCCUCCUCCGUGCCCAUGGAGGUCUCUUCCUCUGCCGCGCCUGCCAUCGUUCUUCCAGUCCAGCAGGCGGCGCCAGAGAGGAUGUGCUCCACCCCGCCUAGCUCACCCAUCCCCUCGGACCCGGCCGCUCUGCGGCCGGACGUCAGCAUGUCUGAGGCCGAAGCCCAGCCGGGUUCUGGUUCCGGUUCGCCCCGUCCGGAGGAGCGGGACCGGCGGCUGCACGAGAAGCAGCGGCAGAUCGAGGAUCUGAUGAGGAAGCUGGAGCGGGAGCAGCGGCUGGUGGAGGAGCUCAAGAUGCAGCUGGAGGUGGAGAAGAGGGGCCAGGCCGACCCGGUUCUGAGCUCCGGCGCCGUGAAGAUGGAGGGCCCGGUUCUGUCCAGCUGCUCCUCCGGCGCCGCCGUCCUGAGCCCCCAGGUGGUGAAGCUGGAGGACGUGACGGUGUCGGCCGGGAAGCCGCUGCAGCUCCAGACCCAAACCCAGAUCAUCGCUCAGAUCCAGAACCGGGCCGGCCCCCCGCCGGCCCCCCAGGGCCAGCGCGCAGCCCCCGGCCUGCAGCAGUUCUUCAUCAGCCACCCUGCCGGGGUCCUGGGUCAGCCGCAAACGCUGCUGACCGCGGCGGGCCAGACCACCACCCAGAUCUUCGUCCCGGUCUCGCUGCCGAACAGCGGCGCCAUCCAGCUGCCGAACAGCGGCGCCAUCCAGCUGCCGAACAGCGGCGCCAUCCAGCUGCCGAACAGCGGCGCCAUCAGUCUGCAGCCGGUCCUCUCGGCGCCGUCCUCCGGUCCGGGUCUGGUCCAGAAUCAGCUGCAGAGCGCCAACAUGGAGGUCUCAGCCAAUCAGCAGCCGCCGCUGCUGCAGACUCUGACGCUGUGCAGCAGCCCGGCCGCUCUGGGGAACCAGAACCGGCCCGAGUCCAGCCCUCAGCGCUUCCUGCAGCGUUCUCCAGAGAGCAGAGCGUCUCCCCACACGUCCCCCAACCACCAGGCGUCCAACGGCCCGCUGAGCAAGCAGACCUUCGUCCUGCAGCCGCCCAGGGAGCCGCCCCGCUACGAAGACGCCGUGAAGCAGAGCCGCAGCCUGCAGGCCGCCGGCCAGGUUCCCACGGCAACCAGCCAGCACAUGGACGAUUUGUUCGACAUCCUGGUGGAGAGCGGAGAAAUCCCUCCCUUCCUGCCUCAGGACGCCGCCGGCGCUCUGACUAAGACUCACCCGGUGACGGCGAGCAUCACUACACUUCCUGUCGGCUCGGCGCUGUCCCGCUCGCCGCCUCAGGUCCAGCUGGGCCCGCUGGUUCUGGACCCGCCGGUUCUGGACGGCCAGCUGGAGGCCUUCUUGGAGCGGACGCUGGCRGAGACGGCGCCGGCGUCGGACCCGCGGACCCGGGGCUUGAUGGAGGAGCUGCGGGGCCAGCUGGCCGACUCGUUCGUUCCCAUGGAUACCACGGACUUGUCCUUCUCGGACCCGGCCGGGUCGGCGCUGGGCCUGGCGCUGUUCGACCCGAACCUGGACGGCAUGGAGUGGCUGGACGGCCCCGCCCCCCCGGGGCCCGCCGGGUUCCCCGCCGAGUUCCUGGAGCCGCACGACAUGCAGCUGCACUUCGACUGACCCGACCAGAACCACCGACCCAAACGGGCUUCUGAUCCCUGAAGUCAGGAUUCCACUGGAACCGAAUGAAGACGAUGAGGAAGGUUACUGUAAAUACGGUUUGGACCCGGACGGAGCCACCGGGUUCUGCUGACCCGGUCCAGUUCAGGUUGGUCCCAUCAGAACCGCCCGUCUGGAUCAGAACUAUGCACUAAAGAGGAACCGCUUCCCGUCAGAACAAACCAAUGUGAACACGGCAUAUCGGCACCGCCUGGUUGCCAUGGAGACACGGCGGCCCGCCCACCAACUGAAUGUAGUUCUAAAGACGCCGACCCGGAACCGGCAGCAGCUUCUUCCUGAUUAAUGAGACUGAGAAGGUUCUGGUGCUGCAGGUUCUGGUGCUGCAGGUUCUGGAGCUGCAGGUUCUGGAGCUGCAGCUUCUGGUGCUGCAGGUUCUGGUGCUGCAGCUUCUGGUGACCCGGUUGGCUUACUUGCGAGGCGACCAAUAGAAAGUCAAAGCUACGGUGGCCUGUAAGGUUGGUGGUUAUUCGCUGUCGGUUCCUCUGGGAUCCAGAGCUCAGAGGCAUGAUGCUGCCACCGCCGUGUCUGAACUCUGAUCAUUGCAGCACAUCAAAGCUUUCUGAAUCUUUUUCUCUCGACUUUAAAAAUUCAAGAGCAAGUAAAACAUAAAACUAUUUCAAAGUUUUUAUUGUGGAAAAAUAAAAUGGUUAUGAGGGAAAAAAUCGUAAUAAAGGGAAGCAUAAAAAAUAAAUCACAAUAUGAUCAGCUGUUUUUCUAUCAAGCAUUUCUGUAAAUAUUUUACAAUCUAAAGCAAAAUGAAGUUUUUUUGUUCUGAAAUGUGAAGAAAAAACAUUUUUUUUAUCCUGAUCCAACAGGAAAAACCAGAAAAUCUUCAUUUUAUUCAAGCAGUUCAACGUGUUUUAUAUGAAUUAGAGGAAAUAUAAAGUAAAACAAACCAAAAGACAAAAAGGUAAAAGUAUAAAACUGCAUUUUCCCCCGUAUUUAAUAAUAAGUCCAUCAUUUGUAGACUAAUCUUGUUCUGAUGAAACUAAAGUAAUAAUUACUGUUUCUAAAAGUAAUGAACUAAACAGACGACAGGAAACCGUUCAGACCUGAGGCAGCGACAGGCAGAGGUCAGAGGUCAUCUGAGGUUGGCUAGAAGGACGAUACGGCGGCAUGAAGCUCCAGAUGGAGGCAGGAGCCUCCAUUCCCCAACCAGCCAGGAACAGGGGCCCGAUCCGACCCAGACCCAAACUGGCAACUUCUCCAAGAUGGGGGCUGCAAAGUGGCCAGUCAGUCCGAGUCGGCCAGGUCCAGACGGUCCGUCCAGGUGUGAACCUGCAGGACUAAUCUGACCAGCUGACCGGAUCCAUAAUCUGUAGAAUCUGAGGAUGUGGAAAGAGAAGCUCCAGAAAGCAGCAGGGGGAGACGACUGGUUCUCAGUCAGAUGCUUGAUGGAAAAACAACCCAGGAAACUUUGCACAUGAUGUUUUUAUGCUUCUCUUUAGGAACAUUCAAAUGUUCCACCAGCUAAAAAAACAAAACUUGACAUUUUUAAUCUGUUGCUAAGGAAUUUAUUAGAUAACAUGUCAACUCAUUUUAUCGUUUUAACAAACAAAUGAUCCUGUGAACAAACUGCUGUAGUUAGUGGUUGUACUGUGACAGCUGCAGUAGUUUGAAUACUUUUGCAUGUGUGUGUGUGUGUGUGUGUGUGUGUGUGUGUGUGUGUGUGUGUGUGUGUGAGAGAGAGAGAGAGAGAGAAGCAUGUUACUGUUCCUCUGCAUGUCGUCUCUGCAUGUUUUGGGUCCAGCUAGCAGGGUCACCGGGUUGCCAUGUUGGGUCACCGGGUUGCCAUGUUGGGUCACCGGGUUGCCAUGUUGGGUCACCGGGUUGCCAUGUUGGGUCGGCCACUCCAUGUUUCCAUUUCCUCAUCUGAAUGUUGAGCUGCAGGUAAAUUUCCUGAUUGUUGCGGUUUUUCCUGCAGUUCUCUAGAUGAACACUAGAGGGCGACCGUCUGCUCUAACCUGAUUGGUCGGUUUCCUGCUCUUCAUCACCUUGCUGUGGUUUUAUUCCAAACUCGUCGAGCAGCUGUUUACUUCUUUCUCUCCUCUGAUUGGUUGGAUGACUCUGAGGACUUCCUGUUUAUCUCUCUGCUGUUUACUUCAGGGUGUCCAAAGUGCGGCUCGGGGGCCUCCUGACCUCUGACCUUUAGUCCAGAUUUUAAACAGAUUUAAACCAAAGUUUCAAAAACACACGGACAAUAUAAGAUAUUAAAAUGGAAAAAGUGCAACACAAGUUUUUGCUUUAAAUUUAAUUUGUAUAAUCAGUCACUAAAUUGUAGACUUUUCAAAAUAAAGCAAGAUGAGCCAUAAAGACAAAAAUGUAGAAAAACAUGAUCAACCUGAAAAAAACUCGGAUACGAUUUUUUUUUUUUUGAUCUGGCAAAGUUGCAAAAACUUUUUACGUUUUAAAUCUACAAUAAUUUAUCGCUUGCUGUCAUGUUCAGAUUCAGGCAAAAACAAAAACAUGAGAGUUUUUGCAAAAACACUAAAAUGUUUGACACCUGGAGACAUUUUUGGCCCCCGCGCCAUAGGUUUGGACACCCGGUUGACUUCCUGUGGACCAGGCGAUCCGUAGCAGGCGAGGACGACUCAAAGCAAUAACAGCUGCUCAGUCACACAUCUGAGCGGAUCAGCUGAUGUCGGCCAUCUUGACCUGCGCUGCCCCAUGCCACGCCUCCUGUUGGAAUGCCAUACGUUUUGCACAUUGUGUACAUAUUUCUAUAGAUGUAAUGCAUAUUUUUAUACAUGUGUACCAUCCAUGGGCUCGUUAUUUUGUAAAUACUCUGAGACGUGUGUAUAUAUGAGUACAGUUUGCUUCUAUGUGCUAAUAAAAGUGAGUGUUUAUGAUUCUGA